GAACCUUACUACUUUCUCAUGAAUAUCAUAUCGUCCCUUUUACCAUCUUCUAAGAGGACCCAUCUUCUGGUUAAAUCCUGUCGUAUUACAGACACUGAACUAAAUACUGUAAAAGUUAGCGAUCGCAGUCAGCAGAAAUGUUUCAUACUGACAAGCAACCGUUCACUGAGUAACUCACUUGUGUUUUGUCCGCGCUGCACAUGUUCUCUUCCACACCUCUCUUCAGUGAAAUAGUUUGCCCCUUUCUCCGAUGGGGACGAUGCAAGCGGCCUUACUGUUUGUACAGCCAUGGCGAAGACAAAACAUCUACCGUGACAACAGAUCUUGGCGAACAUAACGUCUCUUCUUCCAAUGGAGCCUCCCACACCACAGAGGACAAUUGUCUUGAGGAGUUGGAGAGAAUCAACAAAGAAAUAGAGGCAGUGAAAAGUGAAGUGGAGAAAGAACGAAAAAGGUUGUCUCAAUAUCAGUCAUCACAGUCCCUCACGCAGACGGAGUCUGCUGGUGCUGGCUCAGAGAAAUAUUUGAGGAACACUGACAGUCCUGAUAAAGACCAGAAUGGUAACCAUUUGAGACAAAUAAAACCUGUUGCCUCCUCAACUGCUGAUCGCAAGUAUGUGGUCGAUCGUGCCAGACCCAAGACUGAUUUGGAAUAUGACCCUUGUUCCAAUUUCUCUGCAGACUUGCUAUCUGGCAGCACAGUAGAUUGUAAACUUAAGUCGACCAGUAAAGUGCACAAUAAUGGAACAGAAAGAAAUGUUCAGCUUUUUCAUUUGGAUGACUCUGAUGAGGGCACCUUAGUCAUCGAUAUCCCUCUCUCAAAGAAACUUCAGCGAAGACAUAGGCCAAAACCAAAAAAUAAGACUACAGUCAUUGAACCACAACAUUCACCUGCAGGGAAAGUUAGGGCAGAAAAUAAGAAGUUGAGUUCUAAAGGGUUUCAGAUUCAUAAUGUGGAUGUCCAGGAGAAAGAGGGAGCCUUAACAAAACCUCUGACAGUUACACAGGAACAAGAAUCCUCUGAGGGGGAACUUAUCAUUGACGUAUCUCCUUUAGAAGAUGAGCAAAAGCUUUCAAACCAGCGUGGAACUGUAGCCAAAGACAUACUUGAUUCACCCAUAUUAUCCUCCAUCAGUGGUGCCCCUACUGGGGAGGGCAAAGAGACCAAGGAAGGACCUACAAAUAAACAGAUAACAAUUGUAAAGCACUUAAAAAAACAAACCACAGAGGAACUGGCAAUUGAACCUAUUGCAGAACUGAAUGCCUCUCCACAAUCCAAUAAUCUCAAUAUGGAAACUUUAGAUAUGCAAGGAGAAGAGAAAUCGCAAAAUAUUGAGAAUGUCCUGGAUGAUAUCUCCACAUGUCUAGACAAUUUAAGAAGUGAGAGUGAGAAGAUCAAAUCCAUUCAAGAUGUUACGCUGCUUCCUGUUUGUUAUCUUCCUCAGGAUAAGGACAUUUCUGCUACAGGUCAUGGUACUUUUGGAACCAAAUCACAAAUCACCAACACAUCAGAAUAUAGUCCAAAGUCCAUAUCUAUUAAAAAGAUCUCACAAGACCAGGGUGCUUUAUUUGAGCCUUACUUCACCAUGGUUUCAUCACAGACCUUUGCGUCAUCCUUGCAUAAGGAUGAAGAGCAUACGUGUAAUCCAAACUCUCAAGACCUAGUUGAGACACCUUGUCCAAAUGUUCAAGAGAGUUCAAUAAGCGAACCGUUUGUUCAUAAAAUCCCAUAAGUUUCAGGGAUUGAUGACAGAAUUGUUCUAUCUGAACCAUCCACUAGUCAGUUUAACCCAGGAACAAGUGUGGAAUAUGAGGAUAAAAUAUCUACAUCAGAUGCAUUGUUCGUUCCUGGAGAAGCAACUGUUUCUUCGCAGGCAUUUGCAUCUGCUGUUAUUAAAGGGGCUAAUAAUGAAAUCAUAGAAAUUGUCUCUAGUUCUGAGAGCGAGCUUAGAUACUCUGACCUAGAUCUCUCAGAAACUGACCCAAUGGAAGAGUGCUACAGAAUCUUUAUGGAAGCCAACCAACUUGAAGCUGCUGUGGUUCAAAAUGAACAUUGUGUGGUCCAAAAUAAAGCUCCGGUGGUCCAAAUUGAAGCUCCUAUGAUGCUGAAUGAUGCUCCUAACGAUUUGCUAGUUACUCCUGAAACUGGAAUGAAGUCCAAUCCACCUUCUCUGUUGAAAAGAAGGGUGGCCCACGCAGUGAAGUUUGAGCAGGCCAAUAAAAGCAAAGGACAGAUUAUCGUGCCUCUUCGAGACUGUGUCUCCCAGUUGGUCAUUCCUAACAGAGCUCAGGCAUGCCAAAGGAGAGCAGCCAUACUGACUGCAGCAGUGAAAGGAUGCCAGUCUCAGGUCAUGAGCAAUCCUCCAAAGAAAGUGUACAUGCAUAGUGUCAUUCAUUCAAAUGUUGUGCAAAACACCGGCGUUCCAGUUGGUGCUACUCUGCAGCUGGGUGCAAACCUGCAGCUCAUUGUGCCUGAGGGGAAUUGUGGCUUGCCUCUAAUGCUGAUUCCAACCGCCAUGUCUGUCCAGCGACCGCCUCAGCCUUCCCCGCCUACACAUCCUCCACAAACUUCACAUCCUCCACAAACUUCACAUCAUCCACAACCGCCCAACUACACGCCAGCGAAGUCAAUGGGGGUGAAACGAAAAGCAAAAAUACGGCAUGAGGUUGGAGCGAAGGUUCCACAUGAUGUUCGCCAGCGUUAUGUCAACCUCUUUGUGGAGGAGUUCCUAAGAACAUCGGUGACAGUGCAAGAUGCCUUUGAGAAGGCCCUGGCGGAGGAGAAAAGCGUUUAUGACCGCAGUAUCAAUAAGCUCAAAUAUCUAAGCGUAGCUGUCAAUGCGCUCAAGAGGCUUAAGAACCAAAUCGUCUUGCCUGCCAAAGCUUCCAGUGAGAGAGAUCAGAAUGUAUCUAGAGGCAAUGUACCACUAAAUACUCAAGCACUUCAGGGACCUGACGAUUGGAUGCUUUAUAAGCAAUUGAAGGAGCACGUUCUAUCUGAAGAAAUGCUGCGGCUAAACAACUACCCUCGUAAACACCCAGAUAAAGCUGACUUUGCUGUCCAGUACGGAGAUCUCAAGAAAGGAAUAAGCGAUCCUUUAAAGAGGAUCUGCUGCCGAUGUGGAGCUACGUUCUCGGUCGACAGAAGUGGAAAGCACACCCGCAGAGAGGAGUGCAAUUAUCAUUAUGGAAAAGUUAUAGAAAACAGAGUACCAGGAGGUGUUGAGACACGAUACAGCUGUUGCGAGAGUGUGGUCGGCUCACCUGGAUGCCAAGUUUUCAAUCUCCAUGUCCAUGAUGCAGUAAGCCUUCAGGGCUUUGUGAGCAGUCUCCCUCAAUCCCCAGUGGGAAAAACAUGUCCGGGGGUCUUUGCUGUUGACACAGAAACCUGCUACACAACUGAAGGUUUGGAAGUAGUGAGAGUGACUUUAGUCAACAGCAGUUUGCAAGUUGUCUUUGACACCUUUGUCAAGCCUGAUAAUGAUGUCACAGACUAUAAUACCAGGUUCUCGGGCAUCAGUAAAGAUGAUGUGAAAGGUACCAGCUCAUCGUUGCCUGAUGUUCAGAAAGUGCUUUUGAAUUUUAUUAACGCGGACACGUUUCUGAUUGGCCAUGGCUUGGAGAAUGAUUUAGCUGCACUUAAAAUUAUACACAGCUCUGUGAUUGACACCUCUAUGGUGUUUCCCCAUCGCCUGGGUCCGCCACAUAAAAGGGAACUAAAUAGUCUGACCGGGGACUACCUCCGGAGAAUUAUCCAGGAGAGUGUGGAGGGUCAUGACACACGUGAGGAUGCCAUGGCUUGUAUGGAGCUCAUGCUUUGGAGGGUGAAGGAAGACUCUAAAGUGAAGAGAUGGUGAUGCUUAAUAAAGUUUGUUGCCAUUUCUCAGGGAAUAGGGUGUCCAACGUGUUUGGUGUGUUUGCUUGCAUUGAAAACUUUGUUUUGUAUGUAUUUGUUGAUGUUAGAAUUAUUGAAAUCGUUUGCUUUUGACCAUGAAGCGUAUUCUCUUUUUCCAUAGUUUAGUUUUCCUUAAAUUAAUUAUUUGUGACAUUUGU